UUUAACAGUAAAAUUGAUUAAUAAAACCAAUUUUUAUAAAUAUAAUCGAAUAUCAUACAUGCUUUUUCAACAGCUGCUUGAACUCGUUGCCUGAUUUGAUUUAGAACUAUCUGUGGUUGUCAAUGCGCAAUGAUCUAUUGUUUGUAGAGAGAGUGAAUAGGUUAAUAAAUUUUAUAUUCGAAAUUUGAUAUAAAAAUGUCAAAUAACUCAUCAAUCAUGGUUUAACAGUCAUCAAACUCUCUAUGGAGGGUAAAGCAACUGUUCGGACAACCUCCAAGAAGACUGUCAACUUAGUGGACAAAUCAAAACGAUCUGGAAAACGUCGGAAAAAACACCGGAAAAGACCAGAUUCCAACAGCAACACAGACACAAAAGUUUCUUCCAGUGCCAGCUCAAGGGAAGGACACGUUCGACUUGAAAAUGAUGAACGAACAGUCACUGACAUCCCUGUUGCUGAUGAAUCUGACAGUUCUUCAAACAAAAUGAGGAAACACAAAACACCUUCCAGUACUAAGUCAAAGAAAACAAAAUCUCCAAGGUCACCAACUGUGACAUCACCAUCUCAAGGUCAAAAGGUCAGGUCACCUCAGAGUAAUGUUUCAUCAUCAUCAGACAGUCGUGUUGGGUCCAGAACUGAACCUACCGAAACACAACAAACAAAUGCUCAAUCUGCAAAUAAAAAAUCUCACAGAAAAUCAAAAAAGUCAUCACCGUCAAAACAGAUUAGAAAGAACACUACACAAACGACAGUGUCAACUUUGAAAUCAGGUGAAAAGGGCUUGUCAAAGUGUUUAUCUGCAGUGACGAUUAAUGUCCAACAAAAUACCAUUAAACCUAGUAUGAUGCCUUCUAGCAAGUCCUCUGGUGCUGUGAAUUCAAGACCACCCAAUAGUCAAAUCUCAACUACCGCAAAAUCAGUUUUAUCAAAUCAGCGAAAAACUAAAAAUGAAAGUUUACGAUGGGACAAUGCCUUAGAUGAUGAAGCUCUUGAAAUUGAGCGAAUAAGAGUUUAUAAAUUGAACAGACGGAAAAGGUAUCUAGCAGAGGCUCAAGCCAAGGGAAUCAGCUGGGCGAGUCCUUUGAGUAGUAGUAGUAGCGCAGGGUCAUCCCCAGUGCAAGGGGGUAGUGACCAUAUUGCGAUUGAUGUAUUGACUUCACCGCGCGCACAUGAACUAGUCAUGUGAUGUAAUUUAAAGGUGCAACAAUGAUGAAAAAUGAGAUAAGAUUUAGGGUUACUAGAUGCUAGUUGAAAGUAUUACAUAAAAAUUGUGACCAUUUUGUAAUAUCUUUCAUAUUAUUCCAUGUCAUGACACUAUUUUCACUUCAUGUUUACCAUUAUUUGAUUUUUGAGUUUAUUUUGCAACUUGUAAAUUGCAUUUUUUGAAAUCUGGAUGCCUUUUUCAGUACUAAUCAAUUUGGAGAUUUCUGCUUAUUAAAUAUUUCAUUUUCUUGAAUUCUCUUUUUUACAGAAACAAAAGUUGAAAGGAAAAUCAGAAUUGAAAUGAAAAUCAGAAUUGAAAUGAAAAUCAAUUGUAAUGAAAAUCAGAAUUGAAAUAAAACUCAAUUGAAAUGUAAAUCACAAUUGAAAUGAAAAUC